AUGGACGCAAUCAAGUGCAAUGAUGAGAAAUCAUGGAAAGCUACUUUGAUUACUUGUCGCGUUGUCAGCAGGAACGAUGGAUCGCAUCACGUGGAUACGGCCAAAGAGGAUGGAUUUGACAAGUGUUUUACAGCCAUGGAUCAUAUUGGAAUACUCGAGCCAAUGCAUGCAGCAGCUAUUUCGCAAUCAUGGAUGAAGGAUGUUUAUGACGACAGCGAGCAAGAAUACAAUGGCAUUAUGAUCCCUGUUGACGGAUACACUUAUGUCACCUUCAAACGAUCACCUUUCAGGUGGCAGGUGGAUGAUUUAUCACUUCGACUCAGUACUCCAAGAUGCUUGACCAUUUUAUCAGUUCGAUCUAUCAUGACAACGAUUCUCACGCCCACUCUCAUAAAACAACGUUGUUAUCACCAACACUAUCAUGCGCCUUUUCUUUCUACUUGUAUGCACAUCAUCAAUCAUUCAUGGCCUUAUUUAUUGGAUGCCAAUAGCAAACAUUCGACUUCUCGUAUGAUGGAUGGCCUUGGUCAAGCAACUACAGCACAUGGUCCAAUGGAAGCCGUAUUGUUGGAAGCAUCGGGGAGUGGCAAUCGGGAACAGAACGCAGCACAUAGCCUCAAUGAUACCAUCAGAUUACUUGAAUGUGCCACGAAUUCCUUGCUCAUCGAAAUGCAUCACUCCAAAGCCGCAAGCUGCGAGAUAUACACGGUGUUUUGCGUUUGA